AUGGCGGAGCGUGGCAUCGACCUUUUUGUUGACAGGCUGAGCGAUGACAAAUGGGAUACGUCGAAGAAAACCAAUGUCGCUACUGAGCUUCGAGACAGCAUUGAGAGCUAUUGCUCCAGUGCAAACUAUCCCACCUUUCUUGCCAAGAUAUGGCCGGUCUUCAAGAAGAUCCUCAAAGGUGAUCCGGUUUUUACAAACCUGUCAUACGAACAAAAACUGCGAAACUGUCUCCUUGAAACAUUACAUCGCCUUCCUACCGCCUCCCCUGAUGUGGAGCCCUAUGCGGUCGAUAUGGUAGACACAUUGAUGCAGUUGGUGAGAGUUGAAAAUGAAGAAAACGCCGUGGUGUGUAUGAAAAUUAUUAUGGAUUUGGCGCGGAAUCAAGUCAAGGCAACCGCGCCUCGAGUGCAGUCAUUCCUUGAACUCAUCCAGGAAAUGUUCCAAACAAUGGAAGAGGUUGUGCGGGAAACUUUCGAUACUCCCAACCAAGGUGGCACACCCGGCAUGCCGUCUACUCCAGGUGCCAUAGCUCAGAACUUUCAAUCUCCACGGCCGUCUUCUCCCAGCACGUCGGUCUCCGAUCUAGCUCCUGACCAGCAGGCAAAUCACCAUCUACAAAAGGGCAUGCAGUCGUUCAAGGUGCUGGCAGAAUGUCCGAUUAUCGUGGUUUCGGUUUUUCAAGCGCAUCGUACUUCUGUGACCGCCAACGUGAAGUUAUUCGUUCCCCUCAUUAAGAGCAUAUUACUAUUGCAAGCUAAGCCGCAAGAACGCGCACACGCAGAAGCUGCUGCGCAAGGGAAGUUAUUCACAGGCGUCUGCAAGGAGAUUAAGAACCGGGCUGCUUUCGGAGAGUUCAUUACUGCUCAGGUCAAAACAAUGAGCUUUCUCGCUUACCUCCUCCGUAUGUACGCACAGCAGCUACAAGACUUUCUGCCAACACUCCCCAAUGUCGUUGUUCGGUUAUUACAAGACUGCCCUCGUGAGAAGUCAAGCGCAAGAAAAGAGCUUCUGGUCGCUAUUCGCCAUAUCAUUAACUUCAAUUACCGAAGGAUUUUCUUGGAAAAGAUCGAUGAGCUUCUAGACGAGCGAACACUCAUCGGCGAUGGUCUCACUGUUUACGAGACUAUGAGACCCUUGGCUUACAGCAUGCUAGCGGAUUUGAUACACCACGUACGAGACCACCUUACCAGGGAUCAGAUUCGGAAAACGGUAGAAGUAUACACAAAGAACUUACAUGAUGAGUUCCCAGGAACUAGUUUCCAAACAAUGAGUGCUAAACUUCUAUUGAACAUGGCUGAGAAAAUUUCGAAGCUCGAAGACAAACAAGAUGCGCGAUACUUCUUGAUUAUGAUUCUUGACGCAAUUGGCGAUAAAUUUGCAGCCAUGAAUCACCAAUUCGAGAAUGCAGUCAAAGUAUCCCAGGCUUUCAAGAAAAAGAACGAUACAGGUUCCGAUAAUUACCUCGUCGAUCGUGACAGCCCUCCUGACUGGGACGAAAUCGAUAUAUUCUCAGCAGUACCCAUCAAAACCUCCAAUCCCCGGGAUCGUGGUGGAGAUCCAGUAUCUGACAACGUAUUUCUUUUCAAGAAUCUCAUUAAUGGGUUGAAAAACAUCUUCCAUCAACUAAAGAAUUGCAACCCGACCCACAUUCAGAUUGAUCCCAGUAACAUGCCGGUCAACUGGGCAGAAGUUUCUUAUGGAUACAAUGCCGAGGAAGUCAAAGUUAUCAAGAAGCUGUUCCAUGAAGGUGCCCGUGUUUUCCGCUAUUAUGGCGUUGACCAGCCUUCUCCCGAUGUUAACUAUUCGUCGCCAUUCGAGUAUCUUGCGAGUCAAUAUACUGCUCCUAUGACUCGCGAGGAAAAGGAGCUUCUCGAAAGUUUUGGGACAGUGUUUCACUGCAUUGAUACUGCGACUUUCCACGAAGUCUUCCAUAGCGAGAUACCUUAUCUUCACGAACUUAUGUUUGAACAUGGUGCCCUAAUACACCUCCCUCAGUUCUUUUUAGCAAGCGAAGCAACUUCACCAGCCUUUUCGGGUAUGGUUUUACAAUAUCUGAUGGAGCGCAUCCAGGAAGUUGGAACAUCAGACAUGACUAAAGCCAAGAUUCUGUUGAGAAUGUUCAAGCUCUCGUUCAUGGCGGUCACACUCUUCUCAAACCAAAACGAGCAAGUUCUUUACCCUCAUGUUACCAAGAUAGUGACUAAAUGUAUCGAGCUGUCCGUUGUGGCCGAGGAACCUAUGAACUAUUUCCUACUGUUACGCUCACUCUUCCGUAGCAUUGGAGGUGGGAGGUUCGAGCUGUUGUAUAAGGAGCUUCUUCCAUUGUUGGAAAUGUUGCUCGAAACUUUCAACAAUCUCUUGAUGAGCGCUCGAAAACCGCAGGAACGUGAUCUUUAUGUUGAGUUGACGUUGACCGUGCCGGCACGUUUAAGUCAUCUUCUUCCUCACCUAAGCCACCUGAUGCGCCCGAUCGUUGUUGCGUUGCGUGCAGACUCGGACCUUGUUGGACAGGGUUUGCGAACCCUUGAAUUAUGUGUGGAUAAUCUGACAGCUGAUUACUUGGACCCGAUAAUGUCACCCAUUAUGGAUGAGUUGAUGGCGGCACUAUGGGAUCAUCUACGACCACACCCGUAUAGCCAUUUCCAUUCUCAUACAACAAUGCGUAUUCUGGGUAAAUUGGGUGGCCGCAAUCGGAAAUUCUUGAAUCAUCCGCCUGAGCUCUCCUUCCAACAGUUCGCAGAUGAUGUUCCUAGUGUUGACAUCAGAUUAAUUGGGCCCAACGAAAAGCGCGCGUUUCCCGUCGAUAUUGGUGUUGAUCUCGCUUACGGAAAACUUCUGGAAAGCCCCAAGACACCUUCAGCAAAAGCUUCAGAUACAUACUAUAAGCAGCAAGCAUAUCGAAUGCUAAGCUCUCAGUUAAAGCUUUAUAUUGGUCAUGAGAACCUCCCCGAAGACCUGGCGUCUUUGAUUCGACUUCAAGCUGAAGAUCUUCUCGAAGGCAAAAUACAGGGCCCCAUUGAUAUCUUGGAUAAAUCGGAACGUGCAGUAUCGAUCCCAAAGAAACUGGCUCAAGAGGAGACCUUGAAGAAGCUCCUGAAGGCAUGCUUUGUUGCCACAACGAUCCCAGAACUCCAGCAAUCUGCGUCAUCUUUCAUUGCAGAUGUUUGUCGCCAUAUUGUGGUCGUUGAGAUUGGUCGAGCUUUCGCCCAAGCUAGACAUGGUCGACGACCUUUCGAUAUUAGCAGUGGCGAAGGCCCUGUUUUCUUGGACUCUCGUCUGCUCGCCGAUGUUAUCGUUGAUUGCUUUUCGUCCGAUAACCCAAAGACCCGAGACAGUGCGCAAACGGCGAUGGAGGUCAUGAAAGAAUCCGCUGGUAUUAUUUUUGGUGCUCCGGACAAAGCCGCCAAGCUGCCAUUCUGGCAACACCUCGGUCGCGUCUUCUGUCAUAGCUGUCAUAGCGAAGAAUGGUUUACGAAGGCUGGAGGAAGCCUUGGUAUUCACCUUCUAGCAACCGAAUUGGACUUGGGCGAUAGCUGGCUCUUUGAAAAACAAACAGAUUUUGUCAGAGCAUUGAUGUACGUGAUCAAGGACACACCUCCCGACCUUCCUGCAAGCACUCGAAUCAGAGCUCAGGAGACACUGGGGCUUAUUCUCAAACGCUGCAAUAAGGGAAUUUCAAUGGAUGACUUGAAGAAUGAAAAAAGCCGUCUCUACAUUCUUUGCGGAUUCUUCAUUUAUGAGUUGUCACAUAUGAACAAACAUGUGCGGGAAACGUCGCAAAAGGCCUUUUCCAUCCUGGCAGAGGUCCUUGGAUGCGAAGUCCAUGAGCUCAUGCUUCCAGUCAAAGACCGCCUCCUUCAAUCAAUUUUCAAUAAGCCUCUUCGUGCACUUCCAUUCCCUGUUCAGAUCGGCUUCAUUGACGCUAUUACUUUCUGCUUGAGUCUUCACAAGAAUAUUGUGACAUUUAAUGAUGCCCUCAACCGUUUGAUGCUAGAAUCCUUGGCCCUCGCAGAUGCUGAAGAUGAGUCUCUGGCUUCUAAACCUAAUGAGUUCAAGAAUGCAGAAAUGAUCGGAAACUUGCGAGUAGCCUGUCUGCGUCUUCUUUCGAUGGCAAUGAGCUUUCCUGAAUUUGCGACGGGUCCAAAUGCAAGUAGUCGAGGCCGUGUAAUCUCUGUCUUCUUCAAAUCUUUGUAUUCACGGUCCCCGGACAUCAUUGAUGCCGCCAACGCUGGACUUCGAGACGUACUUACACAGACGAACAAACUUCCUAAAGAUCUGCUUCAAAAUGGCCUCCGCCCAAUAUUGAUGAACUUGCAGGACCCUAAACGGUUAACAGUUGCUGGACUUGACGGGCUCGCUAGACUCCUGACUCUACUGACCAAUUAUUUCAAGGUAGAGAUUGGCCAGCGUCUAUUGGAGCACAUGAAAGUCAUUGCCGAUGAUGCUACGCUUCAAAAAGUUUCUUUCAAUCUUGUGGAACAGAACCCCGCCAUGAAGAUUGUGGCUUCUAUUUUCAACAUUUUCCAUCUUUUACCACCUGCUGCGACAACUUUCAUGGAGCACCUUGUCAACAAAGUAUUGGACCUUGAGGAGAAACUACGACGAACGUCAAACAGUCCCUUCCGAAAGCCUCUCGUCAAAUAUCUCAACAGGUAUCCGAAGGAGAGCUGGGCCUUCUUUCAACAACGGUUUGGUGAUGAGCGCUAUGGGAGAUUCUUUGCCCAGGUCUUGGCAGACCCUGAAAGCUCAAUCUUGAGAUCUACUGUGGUCAGCGAUAUGGAUGGUUUCAAGACUGCUGCCUUUGGCAAUGAAUCGACCGACGGCAAGAAUACAGCUGCGAUCAAUGCUGUCUACGUUGUCCAUUCGAUUUGCACACACGGAGCAACGAAGAAAUGGCUCGUUAAUCAAAAUGACCUGAAAACUAAAUUACUGAGCGCAGGUCGGGAUCUGGAAAUGAAGCUGAGGAAUGACAAACUCCCAGCCAGUGAGAGGUUGAGGGUUGAGCAGGCCGAAGAUCAAUUGAUGGAUAUCUUCACGAUUUAUCUUUCGGAAUCUCUCCAAGAUCUGGACUUCCUUUUCGAAGUUAUCAAUGGCCUUUCAUCCGAUGAGUUGAAGAAAACACUAGCCUUUCCCAAGUUCAUUUACAAACAUAUAAUCUCAAAUGAGUCUAUCGAUUACAGACGAUCUGUUAUUAUGAGAUGCCUUGAUCUCUAUGGACAACGGACAUCUUCACAGAAGGUGAAAACAUAUGCGUUCCAUAAUCUUGUGAACCCGAUUUUCGCAAUGGAUGUCAAGGCAACUUGGAAUAGUCCUACAAACAGUCCCAAGUUGAUGGAUAAGAGCAUGGCCGAAUCCAUCCAAAAUCGUCUAUGGCGACCGCAAGUUGGCGAUAUUGGAGAAGAGUCAAAUCAACCUGGAGUGGAUCACUCUCGCAUGGAAUCGCUGCAGCUGACAGCUUUGUUGAUCAAAUAUCAUCAUCAAACUGUUCAAGAGUCUCGGAAAGAUAUUAUUAAGUUUGCCUGGAAUUACAUUCGCCUCGAGGACAUCAUAAACAAAUACGGCGCCUAUGUUCUAAUCAGCUACUUCAUCUCUCACUAUGAAACACCCUUUAAGAUCGUGGUCCAAGUCUAUGUCGCAUUGUUGAGAGCUCAUCAGAACGAAGGGAAAGCCCUCGUAACCCAGGCACUCGACGUUUUAGCUCCAAUCUUGCCAACCAGAAUCUCAGUAACUGGCCAGAAUGCUCAGCAGGCUCCUGAUCCCAAGUAUCCGUUGUGGUCUAAAUGGCCUCGUCGAAUCUUGGCGGAAGACACGGCAAAUUUGCAGCAAGUAAUGAGCAUUUUCCAGUUUCUUGUUCGCCAACCAGACCUCUUCUACGAGUCAAGGGAGCAUUUCGUGCCUCUCAUUGUCCCAUCCUUAAUUAAAAUAGCUGCUCCUCCAAACCCAUCAAGCGAGAGCAAGAAGUUGGCACUCAACCUCAUAGGGCUCAUUUGGCAUUGGGAAGAGAAGAGGAUUAGUGGUCUGAGCAGUGGGAGCGUCGCAUCAGAGUCACCGAACUCGAAAAAGCGCAAGCUGGAUGAAAUUCAGCAAUCCGAGUCACCUUCGCAUGCACCGCCUUCGACACAGAAUGAGUACAGUGUCCCUCAGGAGAUGCGCGCGGCUCUAAUCAAGUACCUUAUCUCGUUCAUCACAACAUUGCCCGAGCGUUUUCCUGUUCCUGCUUUCAAGCUUCGUGAUCUUCCCACACAGAAGACCCAGCUCCCCGUUGUUUCGGGGGACAUGAUCAAAAAGGCGGUGCAAUUAUUGAGGAGUCUCCUCCAACCUGGAUACUGGGAUGACUUAGAUAUUGACCUCUAUCCUAAGGUUACCGAGCCGAUCCUUACUGGAGAAAAGGCUGAGAAGCCAGAUGAGAAGCAUAUUACAACCAUGAUCAACACUCUUCAGGUGCUUCGCAUUCUUAUUGCGUCUAAGCCAAAUGAAUGGAUAGUAAAUAGGCUGCCUUUGAUACAAAAACUUCUAGAGAAGUCUUUACGGUCAGAUAACCCGGAAAUUCAAGACUCUUUGCAUGGAUUGGAGGAUGAGAUGGAAGUCUCGCUCAAGCUUCCACCUCCUGUCAAACGUGUACUGGAUGCAUUACCCGAGGAACAACCGGAAGACGAAGAUUCCAUGGAUGUUGACAGUUCUCCAUCAGAGUUUGUUACCUAUUUGUCUGCGAUAGCCACUGAAGGGCUGUCAGGUAGCAAUUAUGUCUCUAGUCUGAACAUUCUGUGGACCCUGUCUGAAAAGAAACCUUCGGAGAUGGAUGCUCAUAUUCCUCAGGUUAUGAAAGCCUUUUCCCAGAAGUUAGCCAAAGAGCAUGUUGCUGCCUAUGCCAAUAACCCGCCGCCUGCACAAAAUUCUCAAACAGGUUCUAAACCAGGUGAAAACAAUGCUGUGCCAGAUCAACAAGAGUUUGAGAUCGGAGUGGACCUGAUUUUGAAAACAAUUGACCUCAUCUCCGUACGAAUGUCCAACCUUGGUGAUCAACGUCGCCCGUUCUUGAGCGUUCUCGCGCAGCUUGUAGAACGCUCACAGAACGUGAAGCUUUGCAGUAAGAUCCUUGGAAUGGUCGAGGGAUGGAUAUUCCACUCUACUGAGUCUUGGCCUACGCUCAAGGAAAAGACUGCCGUUCUCCACAAAAUGCUACUUUUCGAAUCUCGCUCGGAUCAGACUAUGUUAAAGAAGUUUUUGGACCUGGUCAUUCGUAUAUAUGAGGACUCGAAAAUCACGCGGACAGAACUGACAGUGAGAUUGGAACAUGCUUUCCUGAUUGGAACUCGGGCACAAGAUGUAGAAAUGAGGAACCGAUUCAUUACUAUUUUUGACAAGAGUUUGACCCGUACCGCCAGCUCUCGACUCAGCUAUGUUCUUACAUCACAAAAUUGGGAUACGCUUGCUGAUUCGUUUUGGCUAGCACAAGCAGCGCAUCUUGUGAUGGGUUCAGUGGAUAUGGGAACGAUUGCUCGGUUGCAUCCUGAUGACUUGAAUGUUUUUCCAAUCUCAUUUCUGUUUAGCGCUGUGGAACAGGACUCUCGAAAGGCAACCGUUAUGGUUGAUAGUCAACUGGAGAGCUUUGUUGCUGAACGCAAGCGGUUCGUGGCAGAAAUUGGUGAUGUUAGGAUCCGCGAUCUACUGGAGCCACUUUGCCAGCUUCAACAUACCGAUUCUAAGACUUCAUAUAAGCUGUGGACUUCCUUGUUUCCGAUUGUUUGGUCCACUCUUGCCAAGGAGGAGCGCAUUGAUUUGGAAAAAGGAAUGGUAACUCUGAUUACUCGCGAGUACCACCAAAGGCAGAUCGACAAGAGGCCCAACGUCGUGCAGGCUCUCUUGGAGGGAGCCGUGCGAGCCACACCUCGAUUCAAAAUUCCGCCGCAUGUUAUGAAGUACCUGAGUCGUACAUACGAUGCGUGGUACACCUCGGCUGUCUACUUGGAAGAAUCAGCAAAUAAUCCCAUUAUCGACACCCCUAUCGUACGCGAGAGUAAUCUUGAUGCUCUAGUGGAAAUAUUUGCAGGCUUGCAAGAGGACGACUUCUUCUACGGUACUUGGAGAAGACGCUGCAAAUUUGUCGAAACCAAUGCUGCGCUAUCUUAUGAACAGCAUGGUAUGUGGGACAAAGCUCAGCAGUUAUACGAAAAUGCCCAGAUCAAAGCUCGUUCGGGAGCCAUGCCAUUCUCACAGGGCGAGUAUUACCUGUGGGAAGACCACUGGCUGAUUUGUGCCCAAAAGUUACAGCAAUGGGAGAUUCUGAGCGAUUUCGCUAAACAUGAAAAUCUUAACGAUCUUCUUCUAGAAGCUGCUUGGAGAAAUAUUGAGAAUUGGCAGAACGAAGUCAACCGUGAGCAGUUGGAGUCCCUUAUCAAAUCCGUUUCCGAUGCUCCAACCCCACGCCGCACUUUCUUCCAGGCAUUCAUGUCUCUGUUGAACUACCAUCUCAAGAAAGAUAACAUCCAGGAGUUCAACAAUAUUUGCGAUGAAUCCAUCCAAUUAUCCAUCCGCAAGUGGCACCAGCUUCCGACCAGAAUCACUAACGCACACCUUCCGAUCCUGCAGCAUUUCCAACAACUUGUUGAACUCCAUGAUGCUAGUGUUAUUUGCUCCAGCCUAUCUCAAACCAAUGAGAGGAAUCUGGACACCAAAUCGGCCGAGCUCAAACUCCUCUUAGGUACCUGGCGUGAUCGUCUUCCAAAUAUUUGGGAUGACAUCAAUGCUUGGCAGGACUUAGUGACCUGGCGUCAACACAUCUUCCAGCUGAUCAACGGGACAUAUUUGAAUCUCUUGCCUCCUCAAACCAACAAUGUCGCGAGCAACUCGUACGCUUAUCGAGGGUAUCACGAGACUGCAUGGAUCAUCAAUCGCUUUGCUCAUGUGGCCCGCAAGCACCAGAUGCCCGAUGUUUGCAUCAACCAGCUCAGCCGAAUUUACACUCUGCCAAACAUCGAGAUCCAAGAGGCAUUCUUGAAACUUCGAGAGCAAGCCAAGUGCCAUUACCAAAACCCGAAGGAGCUCACCAGCGGGCUGGAUGUCAUUAAUAACACCAAUCUUAAUUACUUUGGCGCUCAGCAGAAGGCAGAAUUCUACAGUCUCAAGGGCAUGUUCCUAGCGAAGCUGAACCAUGUCAACGAAGCCAAUGAAUCAUUUGGCGUUGCUUUAUACUAUGAUCUGAAGCUUGCCAAAGCCUGGGCUGAAUGGGGCCAGUAUAAUGAUCAACGCUUCAAAAUGGAUCCUACGGAUUAUGAACUAGCUGGCAACGCUGUCAGCUGCUAUCUUGAAGCUGCCGGGCUCUAUAAAAAUGCCAAGUCGAGAAAAUUGCUCAGUCGCAUUCUUUGGUUGCUCAGUCUCGAUAACGAGGAAGGUCGCAUUUCCAAUGCUUUUGAGAAUUUCAAAGGUGACACUCCAGUCUGGUAUUGGAUCACAUUUAUUCCUCAGCUUCUUACUAGUCUUUCACAUCGUGAGGCUCGCCUGUGUAAAGCGGUUCUAGUCAAAAUUGCCAAAUUAUACCCCCAGGCAUUGUUCUUCUUGCUUCGUACAAACCGAGAAGAUAUGAUCAGCAUUAAGAAGUCCCAAGAUGCAAAACAGGAGAAACUCAACCGGGCUAAGCAACAAGCCUCGCCUAAUGUCAAAGCUGAGCCACUGAAUGGAGCGAAACCUGGAACGACACCCAGUGGAGGAGUUACGCAGACUGCACAAAAUGCGCCUAACAGUGCUAGCAAUACACCAGUGCAGAACGCGAAUACGCAGUCCACGGAUCAAGCCAAUGGACAACCUACACAGCCUCAAACACAAACACAAACUCAGACUGCAGGCGCAACCCAGAGUGGUGCACAGGGUCAGCAGUCUCCGGCUCAACCACAAGGACAAAACCAAAAUCAACAAGCCGUAACUGGUGAAGCGGAAAAGGAACCCCUUAAGAAGCCAUGGGAGUACUCCGAAGAAAUUAUGUCGGGAUUGAAAACGGCUUUCCCACUCUUGGCGUUAUCUAUGGAGACAAUGGUGGAUCAAAUCCAAAAGAACUUCAAGUGUCCUCCUGAUGAAGACGCACACCGUCUCAUUGUGGCGCUACUGAAUGAUGGUCUCGCUUAUGUUGGUCGCAGUCCUGCUGCGUAUGCCCAGGACUUCAAGUUGCCUCCGGCCACAGAAGCUAAUAUUACCCGAUUCGCCGAGACAAUACUUCCAGCACAUAUUCGCAAAUCUUUUGAAGCAGAUUUCGUUGUGAAGAAGAUCACAAUGUUUGAGUAUGUUCAGAAACUGCGUCGAUGGCGCGAUAAAUUUGAAGAAAAACUUGACCGCCGCCCACAAUCGCAAUUCUUGGAAGCAUAUUCACCUCAUUUGAGCGAGUUCCGAUUCUUGAAGUUCGAGGAAGUCGAAGUUCCUGGGCAGUACCUCCUGCAUAAAGACAAGAAUCAGGACUUCGUUCGCAUUGAUCGCUUCCUACCAGACGUGAAUCUAGUUCGUGGUAUCGGCGUUUGCCACAGACGCUUGAAGAUACGGGGCCACGAUGGUAGUGUGCAUCCUUUUGCUGUACAGCAUCCUGCUGCUCGUCACUGUCGUCGUGAAGAGCGCAUCCUACAGCUGUUCCGUAUUUUCAACGGUGCUCUUGCCAAACGCAAGGAAAGUAGACGUCGCAAUUUGUACUUUCAUCUGCCCCUUAUGGUUCCUUUGGCUCCACAUAUUCGAUUGGUUCGCGACGAUCCUUCAUACAUCACAAUGCAGGGCAUCUAUGAAGACUACUGUAGGCGAGUUGGUAUGAACAAAGACGAGCCUGUUCUGUUCACAAUGGAGAAAAUGCGUGGUCUGGCAGAGAUGAAACAAAGUCGCUCUAUCGAGCAACAACAAAUUCUUCGCACCGAGAUUCUCACGGCUGUUCAGGAGAAGUGGGUUCCUAGCCAUGUUCUUCUUGACUACUUCCAGAAAACGUACCCAAAUUACGCAGACUUCUGGCUGUUCCGUCGCCAGUUCGCGUAUCAAUAUGCGGCAAUCUGCUUCAUGACUUAUGUCAUGCACAUGGGAAAUCGUUAUCCGAAUAAGAUAUCAAUAUCUCGAGCUACAGGCGACAUCUGGGGCUCAGAGCUGAUCCCCACUGUGAACCCCGCCAAAGCAUUCUUCUAUAAUCCCGAACAAGUUCCUUUCCGUCUGACCCCCAAUAUUCAAACCUUGAUGGGGCCGAUUGCAACUGAAGGUGUCUUUGCCUCUGCUCUCAUGGCUAUUGCUCGCUGUCUUACGGAACCUCGACAAGAACUUGAGCAACAGCUUAGCCUCUUUGUUCGUGACGAGAUGAUUUUCUGGGCCACAGCUCACCAUCGUGGUACUCUGACCGAGAACCAACUUCGCGAGUUGGUACAAAACAACAGCGACAUCAUUGUGAAUCGUGCUUCUAGCCUGGCCAGUCCUCCAGAGGGCAAUCUUCCUGCCAACCAAACCACGAUUGAUUUGAUUUCCAAGGCUGUCAAUCCCCAAUUUCUUGCUUCUGCUGAUGCUCUUUGGAUGCCAUAUCUGUAG